AUGGAUUCGGAAGUAAUCUGCUCGAGAAUAAUACAACUGACCCGCCUAUACUGCAUGAAUGGCGGACAUGAUCUGCAGAUUCUCCCGGAUGGGACGGUGGGAGUGUGGACCAUGGUGUUGGUUGUCAUCCAGGGGACAGAGGCAGGAUGCUACUUGGCCCUUAGCCAAAACUGUAAAUCUUACCAAUCUUCGAUAGUAACUGAUCCGUUUUAUUUCCUGGAGAAGAUGGAGGUGAACCACUACAACACGUACCAGGCCCAGAUGUACAAGGAGAGGAGCUGGUACGUGGGACUGAAGAAGAACGGGAAACACAAACUAGACUCCAGAACCCACAUAGGGCAGAAGGCCAUUUUCUUGCCACGGCGACUAGAGGGCACAGGGGAGUGAAGGUUGUAAGUCCAGGGGUGUGUCAAAUGGUCAAAUGUAGUGCACUAUAUUGGGAAUAGGUUGUCAUUUUAGACACAUCCAUUCCAAAGUGCUCAUUGGGAAAUUGCAGACAGGCUCAACAAAUAGUAUUUGAAAUUUCAACUAGCAUGAAGCUUGAGUUGCAGGUUAUAACAGCAGUUUACAAAUGUCUUCACUGACCUGUUGUAGAUGCUGUCAUCUGUAUAAACUGUUGUAGCUAUAUGGUGGACAGCUGACUGGUAGAAUCAUGCUAAAACUUGACCAAAUGAAGCAUUCCACUCCACACUACGAGACUCUAAGCCGCUAGCUAGACUUCUAGAAUGUAUACCUCUACUGAUGUGACAUGACUACAGACAUCUAGAAUGUAUACCUCUACUGAUGUGACAUGACUGUGGUCCUCUGUAGCUCAGUUGGUACAGCACAGCAACGCCAGGAUAUUUGGUCUGAUUCCCGGAGCCAGCCGUAGGUAAAAUGCAUUACUGUCAUUCGUUUAAGAUAAGGGUCUGCUAAAUGGCAUAUUUAAAUAUCUUAUAGAAAGCUGAUGGAUAAGAAAUCACAUACUGUACAUUGAAAACC